AUCAAACUCUACAAUGGACUUUACAUCAGUCCCAUUUCAAGAUCUGCUGUUACAGAAUGCAGGCCACGAUCAGCUUGUUGGCUUCUUGAAGCAGCUAGAUCAGCAGUACAUCAAUACCACUGAUGAACAGUCUCGAUUUGGCACUCUGCAGAUCCUGGCUGCUGUCCUAAAAGCCCAUGUCCUCGGUUUAGAUGACAUUAAAGCAGAGGAAGAAUGCUUGACUCAAUAUUUAAAGCCACACAUGAUAGCCAGUUUUGCUCAAGAUUCAACGACAUCUACAGAAAGUGUGCAUGUGUUGGAAAAGACAGUAGCAUUCUUUAUGGCACGCUCCAUGGUGCUGUAUAAUGAACAAGCAACAUUUGGUCAAAGUACACUCUUGACUGUAUUGAAACAACUUGUUCAUGCUAUGGAAUCCGAACCUGACUUUGUGGAUCUUAAGCCACUUGCUUUUAUUCAGUCCCAUGCUCAAGAUCAAGAAAUAUGGGAUCAAGCUCAACAAACAACAAUUACACCUCUGCUUGAUCUUGAGUGUUGCCUCAAUCUAUUGAACUUAUUUGUACGUGAUUUAAAUGAAAAUGAAGAGAUCAAGGCAUUCAUGUCUGAAGAAACAGACGAACAGUUAUGCGCUUGGAUGCAUUUGAUCUUUACAGUUGCAGUAGCCAUGGUACCUUGUACAGAUAUCGCUGUCCGCAACAAGCUGGGACACGAUCUAUUGCCUAAUUUACUUCGUUGGCAACAAACCUGUCAAAAAGUCGAAUGGGAUCAACAAGUCUAUUGGUGUACAAUGCUCUGGGAUCGUACGCUUGAAAUUUAUGCUUUGCCCGCUACAAAUCUUUUAAGACUCGAGAUCUAUGGCUUAAUUGCUCGCUUCUUUGAUUCUUAUUUUGGUACGGGUCAAGUACGUAAAGAUCUUCGAUUUGAUGCUCGUUUCUUCAAAAUAUUACAAAGCGGUCUUCAAAGCAACGAUUCUCUUGCUCGUAAAUAUGCUACUUAUAUCUUGAAGCGUAUAAUUGAUUUCACGGACAAGAAUCCCUGCGAGAAUGUCGAAUGGACACCUUAUUUUAGCUGGGAUUACACUCAAUCUCAGACCUAUUUAGAACAUUGGGACGAUUGGUUCUUGCUGUAUGAUAUCAUGCAUGAAAGCGUCAUUCAUUUGGUUGAGCCUGUCUUGCCUCGGUUUGAGUCUUUGCUUCAUGCUGACUUAUUAGAUCCUUCUUGGUGGAUCUUGCUACUCUACAGAGGUUUCCAGAACGAUGUCGCUUCUGUUAAAAAGGGCCUGCUGGAAUUUAUUUUUUCAAGACAAGACAAGUUUGUGUUGAACAAGAUGUGUGUUCAACACAUGUUUGUAUUCGGUGCUCUUUUCAAGACAUUAGAUGUGGCUUCUUUGUUCCAAGUACCUACGCAGGGUACUUUGGUAAGUCCGUUUGGUGAGCAUUUCAAGACGUUUUUAGUGAACGCUAUCCGUGCAUUUGAAAAAGACCAUGACCGAAUAGGAUUUCUAAGACAAUUGAUGCAUCAUAUCUCGCAUGUUGUGAGUAGCUAUGUGCCUAUUCUGUAUUCCAUGGAAGCAUUGGCCCAGACAGAAGAAAUGAACGCAUGGGGACCUGAUGAACUCAAGUCGCUUCGUGUCUUGGUUGAUCGUCAUCGAAACUUCAAUAUUCCUGCUACAAAGCAAUUUUUGAGAAAGUUGGGUAUUACUGCUGUUGUCAAGCUUGCCAAUACGUCUGUUCUUUCUUUUUCAGAUGUUGCAAAGACUAUAUCUUCUCUUGUGAAUGAAUAUCCUCUCAAGACAGACUCACACGAAUUCAAAUUGAUUCAUUAUUGGUUAGAGAACAAGGUCUCUAAAGACAUGUCUUUUGAAAGUAUGUUGCAUGGUUUAAAAGAUCGCCUCAAGACGUAUGUCGUUGAUUUGAAGUCAGAAGAUAUUCCUGAAGCUGUCUUAUGUACACAAGCAAAUGUACUUGCUCGCACCUCUGUCUUUGUUGUUUCUGAUAUCCAUGGUCAAUUGUUGGACACACACAUAACUGAGCUCUUUGCUGUAUUUUCUGAAUACUUGAAAAAACAGACAGAUGACAUCUUGUUUUCUCGGUUAUUAACUUUGCUUGAUGCCCUAUGGGAAAAUAUUCAAGUAUCAUUUGAAGACAAAGCACAUAUGACAACUCUACUUGGACUUGAUCAGCAACAUUACAUUGAACUACUAAACAGAAUUGAUAAAAAGUAUUUGAAUAUAGGUCAAGAAAAUGUUGUUGAUGAAGAUUUGGUUGGCUUGUACUUGUCCUUGACCCGAAGAAUGUUAUUGAAUCAAGAUACAUUUGAACAGGAACAAAGAUAUCAUCUUAUCAAGCAAUAUUAUGAAAAGUCUCUUGAACUCAUCAAAUACCGUAACCCUUCUGUAGAUGCUAGUCAUGAAAUGUCUAAGCCUGCCUACCUUUCUUUGUUGAAUAUUGUAUAUACUGCUGCAAGAAAAUACGACUAUUUCGAACUUGACUGUGAUGAUACACUUGUUUCUUUAGUCUAUGGUCUUCAAAUGAAGAGAACACAAGAAGCUUUGCGUGAAAGAUCUUGGGGUGAUUCCUUGUCUACUUUUAUUCGAUGUAAAUGGGAAUGCAUUGAAAACAUUGUCCAUUAUGCCUCAGAGGUUCAAUCAAGAAAGAUACAAAAAUCAUUGUUUGAUCCAGCCAGUCUUUAUGAAGAAGCCAUUGACCAACUCGAAAGCGGUUCUGAAAUGUGCGGUGAAGCCAUCAUUCGUAGUUUUGGUCCUUUGCUUGCACUUCCUUGGACAAAGACACCUGAUAUGGUGAUGCGUUGUGUAGAUUAUUCUGUUGCUUUGAUGAAAGAAAAUGCUGCUCAAUCACGUACUUAUCCUCUAUUGAUGCGUGCCUUUAUUGAUGUGAUCUUUCAGCCUGCCUUAUUGGCUGUUCCUGAACUAAACCAAGCAGACGGCCCUAUCAAAAAAGCACUUCAGAUGGUAUUACAAACAGGCGAAUUAAAGCCUUACAUUGUCACUCAAGCAGCCAAGUUGUUACACGCCUAUUGGUCUACAUUUACUCCAGAAGCAGAUCAAUCCAUGAGUCAAUAUGCUUCUGAAAUUGCUGCUUUGGCUGUGUUUGGUCCUUUGAGAGACAGAGAAGAUCAAAAGUUAGAAGCUGCAUUUGCUGCUAAAUUAGCUACACCUGCUGAAAUAUUAGAUGCUGAAGGUACUGCACAAACUGUAUUUAGUCAGAACGAUUACUUGGUGCGUGUCUAUGUGAAUGAUAUCUUACUUCGACUGGAUCUAAACAAUCAGAACCAUAUUGAACUGGCUAAUUUGUUGAUGGAUCAUUUGUUCCGUAUUGUAAACGAAGAUAUUUUGUAUGAAUUCAUGUACAUGUCUACCAUCGAGCACCGUCUCAAACUCCGUGUAUGUUGCUCCAUUAUGCUCAUCAUUGAUUUUGCUACCAAAGACAAACUCAAACACUACUUUGAUCAAUAUUUUGAAUUGAUGCGCAAGGAAACAGUAACUUCUGUCCGUUGUUAUGUUGAAUGGGCCCUUGUGCGCUUGUUGGCUCGUUAUCCUGACCAUCUGCCUGUGUUUUACGAACGCCUGACAGACUCUAGCCACAAACCCAACUUUGUCAUCUCACUUCUGACCGUCACAUUCACAUUAUGCGACAUAGUGCCUGAUGCUUAUGCCAAAGCAUACUUUGAUGACAUUUUUAAGCGUUUGAUGCCUUGGUUGAUUACCAACCACUUUACUAUUCGAUUGUUUAGUUAUUGUGCAUGGCAAAGAAACUACAAGGCAUGCAUGGAUCGUGGCUAUAGUGAAGGUAUUGUGGACAACAAGUAUAUCCAAAGCAUGAAUGCCUUUAUGGAUUCGUAUGUGGACUGUAUCAAGUAUUGGGAUAAACUUCAACAACAGUUCUACAUGACCAAGUUUGAUCCUGUAGCUGAUUAUAAUGUCGAGUUUAUCUUCAGACAAAUGUUGGCAGAAUUUGAUGUGAUUGAAAAUGAGCGUAUUGGAUCUAAAUCAUUUCUACGCUUAAAUCCUACACCUGUAGCUCGUUGUCCAUUUGACAACCCUGCUCGUCGUUCAGUCUAUACUUCUGCUGAUCCUAGUGAAAUGAUUGCUGUUGUUACCGUGCCAACACAGACUACUAAUGAAGAUGUAUUCCAGAAGAAGAUCACGCCUUGGGAAAUGAUGUUGGAAACCGACAUGGACUUGACCAAGCAUCUUGUCCAAAAGAAUCGUAAGCGCAACGAUUUGAUUGUCGUAGCCAGCCUAAUUGAUCGUUUGCCCAACCUUGCUGGUCUUUGCCGAACGUGUGAAAUUUUCAAUGCCUCUACUUUGAUUGUUCCCUCUCUUAAAAUCAAAGACGAUAUUGGAUUUACCACAGUCAGUGUUGCUUCUGAAAAAUGGAUGCCUAUGGAAGAAGUGACUGAGGUUGACUUACCCGAGUUCUUACAGAAAAAGAAAGAUGAAGGUUAUACGUUAUGUGGUCUUGAACAAACCACUACAAGUGCUACCUUGGGUAGUUAUGAGUUCCCCGAGAAAUGUGUCUUAUUGCUCGGUAAAGAACGACAAGGCGUACCUGCUCAUUUAUUACAAAUGUUGGAUGUCACGAUUGAAAUUCCUCAAUACGGCAUCACCCGCUCAUUGAAUGUUCAUGUCAGUGGUGCUAUCUGUAUUUAUGAAUACACAAAACAAAUGCAAUGGCGUCAACAAACAAUUCUUUAGACCUUUUAUUUUUGACUAUGCCAUAAACCAUCAAAUAAUUUACUAUCCAUAAAAGAACCU